CGGGGCGGGGCGGGAGGCGGCGGCGGCGCCGCGAUGGGGUCCCGCCGCCCGCGGCCCUGAGCCCUGCCGCCCCGCGGCAUGGCGGGCCUCAUCAAGAAGCAGAUCCUGAAGCACCUCUCCCGGUUUACUAAGAAUCUCUCUCCAGACAAAAUCAACCUGAGCACGCUGAAAGGGCAGGGGCAGCUGACCAACCUGGAGCUGGAUGAAGAGGUGCUGCAGAAUGUGCUGGAGCUGCCCACCUGGCUUGCCAUCACUCGCGUCUACUGUAACAAGGCAUCUAUCAGGAUCCAGUGGACGAAGCUGAAAACACACCCAAUCUGCCUGUACUUGGAUAAAGUGGAGGUAGAGAUGCGAACAUGUGAAGAGCCUCGGCCACCCAACGGACAGUCUCCCAUUGCUCUUGCUGCAGGUCAAAGUGAAUAUGGCUUUGCUGAAAAAGUCGUGGAAGGGAUGUUUAUUGUCGUCAAUUCCAUCACCAUCAAGAUUCACUCCAAGGCCUUUCAUGCUUCUUUUGAGCUAUGGCAGCUCCAAGGCUACAGUGUCAACCCAAACUGGCAACAGAGCGACUUGAGGCUCACCCGCAUUACUGAUCCGCAGAGGGGAGAGGUUUUGACGUUCAAAGAGCUCACCUGGCAGACACUUCGGAUAGAAGCAGAUGCCACUGACAAUGGCGAUCAGGAUCCUGUUACUACUCCUCUGAGACUCAUUACCAACCAGGGGAGGAUCCAGAUUUCUCUCAAGAGAAGGACCAAAGAUUGCAAUGUGGUGGCAUCUAAGCUGAUGUUUCUCCUUGAUGACCUGCUCUGGGUGCUGACAGACUCUCAGCUGAAAGCAAUGAUGAAAUAUGCAGAGUCCCUGAGUGAAGCCAUGGAGAAGUCUGCCCAGCAGAGGAAAAGCUUAGCGCCAGAGUCUGUACAGAUAACACCACCUGCACCAAGUACCCAGCAGUCCUGGUCUCAGCCGUUUGGAGUCAGCCCCAAUGCAAGUAGCAUUGGUCAAUACUUUGAUAAGCAUGACAUGAAAGAGUCAUCAUACCACCUCCUCAUUUCACACUUGGAUCUGCAUAUCUGCGAUGACAGCCACACUCGAGAGUCAGGUGCUUUGAAACAUGGGAUGCUGGGAGGUGCCAUGCAGCUGACCUUCAAGAGGAUGGCUUUUGACUAUUAUCCUUUCCACAGGGCAGGAGAUCCCUGCAAGCAUUGGGUGAGGUACAGUGAAGCAAUGGAAACACGGGGACAGUGGGCAAAGAAGUUGGUCAGUGAAUUUCAAAGCAAGAUUGAGAAGCUUUAUGAAGAAAUGGACCCUGCAUUUGCCAAGACUCCACUUUCCCCCUUCAAAAGGAAACCAGAUACUACAUUGAGUCCACAUAAAAGUCCCUUAGAGAAAGGCCGUGUACCUCCCACAAGUUUGCCACGACUCCGGCACCCUCCCUGGAACAGACUUCGAUCCAGCUGUGUGGUAGUUCGAGUAGAUGACUUGGAUGUUCACCAGGUUUCUACAGCUGGUCAGCAAAGUAAGAAACCCUCCACCUUGCUUUCAUGUAGUAGAAAAGUCUUCAAACUUCCUGAUCAGGUCUCUGCAAUCCAUAUUGAAUUCACAGAGUAUUACUUCCCAGACAAUCAGGACUUUCCAGUUCCAUGCCCAAACCUGUAUGUACAGCUGAAUGGCCUGAUGCUUACCCUGGAUACAGCAAGCGUGCUCUGGAUAAACCUCUUCUGUCUGGAUCUUUAUCGCAGUUUGGAGCAGUUCAAAGCCAUCUACAAGCUGGAGGACUCAGGCAAGCGUGAUGAGCAUGUUGAUGUUCGACUGGAUGGCUUUCGGCUGAAGCUUAACAUCCCUGUGGAGAAGAAAGUCACUGACCAUCAAGAUCGCCCACAGACACUCUGCAUUUGCACGUCGGAGAUGACAGCCACCAACACCCGCCACGCUCCCUUCUGCAGCUGUCAGGACCUCCAGAGCCUCUUCCGUAAAUUUGCCAGUUCAGAAUUCUUCCACUCCAGCUACACUAAGUUCCCAAGGUCUCAGGAUAACUUCAGCCUCCUCCACACCCUUUUCUUGCGCCAUGCGUAUGAGGUGGAUGAUAGGCCUCGGAAGCAGCCAGGCUUUCCCCAGCUACUACAUAAAACCUCUGCCUCUGAAGAUCUGUGGUCUGUGAAUUUCACUGAGCUUUCCCUGGACUUUGAGGGGGCUGAAAGCUCAAAGGGCAGAGCCCUUAGCUUUAUUGACCCUUUUCCCCUUUCCAUUUGGGCCUGCCUUCCCAAGAGAUGGGGGCAAGCGCAGAUAUCUAAACGACAGGAGUUGGCCACCUCUGAGUUGAAAAUCAAGCCUUCUGCCAGCUUUAGCAAUCACUCCAAGAAUGAGAGCCUUUCCAGAGAACAUGGGGUUUGCCAAAGAUCAAAGACUGACCAGGAUCUGAAGAACAUUUACAAGGUCCCAGAGACAAUGGAUGUCUUGAGAGAAUCUGACCAUGAAACUGAUGAUGGAGUAGAUACUAAAGAGCUGGAAGCUUCUGCUGAUAUCCAUGUGCUUAUGUCCUCAUCUGUUCACGUCAAAGUUCGGCUCAACCACUACCAAUACUUGGUGCUGCUCAGAAUGAAAGAAGUUCUGCAAACGCUACAGGAGCAGUUGGCCCAAGAUACCCAGGAAGUGACUGGGUCUCCUUUAGAUCCCAUGUCCGUGUGUGUAGGAGUUACGUUCCAUAGUGCUGAAGUGGCCCUGCUCAUGAACCCUGCACCAGGGUCUGUCUUGGAACGCAGAUCCCUCAACUCGGACACAACAAGCCUGAUUGAUUCUGAGCUCUCACCUUCAGACAGCAAGGAGGGGCUGGCAGCUGAAGAGAAGGAGCUGCAAUCAGAGACCGGUUUAGAGAAGGGAGCGUGCAGUGCCUCAGAGGUCCCAGAGGACAGCGGGAUUGAAAAUACAGGUACCAGCGUACCACUGGAGAGAUUCCCAAGGUCUGCAAGUGGUGGAGCUCUGAGUACAGCUCCACCUGAUAAGAGUGUAGAGGAGAAAGGUUUGAUAGAAGAAGCACAUGAAGCUGUGGAAGCCCUGGUUGCAGAAAGGCCAGCAGAGGCCAGCAGCCACCCUCAGAGCCCUCCUGCUCUCCCUUCUAGCCCAACCUCAGACACGCAGCCCGCGGGGAGAGGAAACAUCGCUCUCAAUGGCCAGGCAGAACUCAUCCCUUUGAAGAACAUAGAGGUGGAGUUGUCUAGUGCACUGUACAUCACAAAGGAUGCCACAAAGGAAGCGCUGCAUGUGACUAUGGACCUCACCAAAGAAGCCAUGUCUAUAACAAAAGAUGCUCUGAGCCUGAGCCGGGAGAAGAUGACCUCCACCAUGCAGAAGAUGCUCUCUCUCCCCCCCAGUAGGGAUUCUGUGCCCAAAGUAGAAGAGGGAGCAGUGACUCCAAGCGGGGGUAGCAGCAGCCGAAUGCGUUUCUUCUCCAUGAAGAGGACAGCAUCCCAGCAUUCCUUCGACACUACGUCUGUGGACGGGAGCGGCCCUGAGGAUGGGCUCUCUGUGGACAGCGAUGGCAGCGAUGGCUUUGUGAUGCUCACAGACUCUGAACCCAGCCUGGACCCUCUUCCCUCAGGGCACCUUCCUCAGGUCCACAAUCACACAGGCAGUAGAACAAGUCUGAUGGCAGAGGACGAGGGUGGAGCAUCUCCUGAAAUAAACAGCUCGACUUCACAGAGUGAAGACACCAGCCUUCAGCUGGUGUCCGUCCUCGUGUUGAAGAUGAAUGAGGUGAACUGUGGAAUAGAGGCACGAGGUGAUGAUUUAUCUCUUGCUUUACAAGUAAUGAACGUGGUUCCAGAGCAACUGAACAACGUUGGAAUGUGGCAGUAUCUGCGGGGCUAUCUGGCUCUAGGAGAUCCAGGUAUAGAGAAGCCUUCGGUCCCUGAAGCGAGUAAGACCCAGCCAGAGGUGUGCUUACGUGUUGAAGUAGGACCUAGUGCUGCUGUGCACUCACCGCUGGCUGUUCAGAAUGGCUUCCUUCAUAUGCUGGUCCACAGUUACACAGCAGAGCUCUUCAUGUCCUUCCUUACCAACCUUGGCCCCUUUCUUGAGGAUGAAAUAAUUCCAGAGGUGAUCCCCAUGGAGCUAGAAGUUGUGGAUGCCAAAAUCACAUUGAAGGAUGACAGCCCCCGGGUAUACCCAACAUCCCCCGGCCCUGUUCCUAUCACCUUGGCAGUAGAUCACGUCAUUGUGAAGCGCAAAGAUGAUGGGGUGUUCUAUGUAACAGCUCCACAAGGGGAAGGCUCACUGAAACAGGAAAAACCUGUGUCAGUUCUUCAGGAGCAGAAGGCCCCAGCCGAGUGUGUCUUGGCAGCCCCAGCAGCAGGAACACGUGGACUGCAGUUAAAGGAAGUGCUGGAGUUGCAAAAGGAGCUUCAGACCAUGAAAAUAGCCCUUGCAGAAGCCAACAUGGACAAGGCUCGCCUUCUGCAGGAAAUUAGGAAAUACAAUCCCCUCUUCCAGCUUUGACAGCGAAGGCGCAGGCUGCAGCUGCUCAGGAGUGGAGACCACCACCAGCACUAAGGCGGCUAGUUUGAUUAUAGCGCUGCUAAACGGGUCAACCUCCUGGAGACUCCAAGAAUGGAAACCAGCUGCGAUGGUGAAAUGACUUGAAAGAGGGAGAAAGGAAGGCAGGCCUGACUGGGCAACAGGGAGGAAGUUAUCUGUUUGCAGCCACUUUCCUCUGUCCUGGCAGUGUGGUGCUGCCUCUGUCGCUGAACCAGGGCAGUGGUCAGCCUACAGACAAAAGCUCAGAAGUUGGGCAGGCACCCCACGUCACUUCGACCGUGGGUGGUAGCGACAGCGUGCUUUCAGCCUUUGCCUUUCACGGUAACAUCUAGAUAUGGUCCCUGUUGGGGUUUCUGCUUCUUUCAGCUUUCCUCAUUGUGUUGCUGCUUAGUCGUGCAUGCCAAAGAGCACAGGAGUGUAGUUACCUCACCGCAUCAGGAGGGACAGAGGGUGGGUUUGGCAGAAAACAUUGCUCAGAGCUCCGAGGUGAAAGCACGCGUGGUAUCACGUGAACAACAAACAGGAGGUUGGUGGGUGUGGGAGGUGCAGAAGGGAUUUCCCCCUGUGGAGUGAGGGGGCUACAGCUCACUAUUCCCUCAAGAACAGGGUCAGGGUAGUAAAGAAAUUUCUUCAGACUUCUUUUUCCACCAGUCAUUUGUUGUGUCAAGACAGAAUCAGUAGUAUAUUAGACUUUUCUAAUUCUUUCUUAAUCUCGCAAAGUUUGGCUUUAUUGAUGCAGAAACACAAAGGAAUUCACUUAUUUCAUUAUAAAGCGCUGCUUAAAUUUUCUUCUCAUUUUACUGCCAGAGCACAGGGGUGAAGGAAGUCUGUUGUCACAGAGCGAGGUGACCUAUGCAUUUUCUUUGGGGAUGUAUGCUGUCCUGAAACUAUUGUAUGCCAGACUUUCACCAGCAGAAAGAGGGAGAGCAGCACGGGCUGCACAAGGAAAUAGCUGCCUGCGUUCCUCCACGGUUGUGUAUUUUUAUUAGCACUGAGCUCUUGGCUGGUCUUAAACGUCUUUUUUAACAGGGAUGUUGGUACGUGGGUCAGAAGGGUGCUGACCAGGCCUGCCUGGGUGGAGGCUGAGGGCACCAACUGCUCACUGUGGGGUGGAGAUGAAACAGUAGCUGCUUGGGUUGAGCACGGCUUGUAUUUUUGCCUUUUCUGGAGCUGCUUCCCUGAAGGGGAAGAAGUCUCUGUGGUCAGUGACUGACUUAAUUUAUAAAGAAAUAGCUUCUACAGGUGUGGAGGGAAAAAAAGGACAACCCCAGCAGAAGUAGUAGUAAACACUAACUGUAAACAGUAAAAAAGGAAAUGUCAUUUAUGAACUGCAAGAAUCAAAUCCACUCUCAAGACCAAGUUGUACGUGGUUUCUUUGCUCUGCUAGUCCAGGCGAUACACGGUCGGUGCGCUGAGGAAGGAGGCGGCCGUGAGGGGCAGGUGUGAAGGGAGCAGCAGUGCCAGAGGAGAUCUGCUCUGUGUUCUGGUACGGCAGGGUGUGACUUUCAGCCCGCUCUGUGUUACGGAUGAGCACCUGUUCCCUCCCCCGUUACACACACCACCCUUACUGUCUGCGAAUUGGAUUUUCUCGGAUUUCAAACUUUGAUUUGGGUUUUUCCAGCUGCGUUUUGUGUUUGCGGAAGUGCACAGUUUCCGAUGCACAGGCUUUUACUGCAUGUAAACCAGGGAGCAACUACCCCAUACCGAGUGCUAGGAAAAGUGACAGACCGUAUGCAAUUCUCCUUUAUUGAUCAGAUGAAAACUUAUCUAUAGAGGUUAAGGAGCCCUCGCUGUGAUUUUUAGCUGAACACCCCCUCCCCCCCAAAAAACCCCACCACUCCAACUUUAUUGUAUUUUUCUAUUUUUUUUCUGUGUAAACAUUAGUCCACUGAAAUUAGUUUAGCUAAAGUAAUACAAGAUUUUAAUUCUGCUCACUAUGCAAGGGAGCAGCCUCCAAUUUACAAGCCAUGAUGAGCUGAGGCCUGGAAACUACGCAAAAGCAAGCAAAUAACUUGGGAAUUAAGUGUGGUUUUCCUACUGUGCUCUUAUAUACUUACCCCUUUGCCCAGCUCUGGAGCUGCUGAAUGCUUUGCCCUUAAUGGGCGCUCCUGAGAUGAUUUGAAUCCUUUAGGGGACACAGGGACAUACUUAGAGCACUAGGCUAGAUGUAGAGGCACCGCUGGCUGUGGUUUGCAGAGAGCCAAGAGUGAAUUCCUUGUGGUCGUUAGCUUUCACUUUGAAAAAAGAGGAUAUGUAAGAGAGGUACAGUGAUUAAACCAACUGUCACUCUUAAGCUCAUCAUCUUAAUUCUGAGUUUGACUCCAUUAGACUGAAGGUGGCUUUGAGUAACGUUUGCUGGAAUUAGUAAAGUGUACACUAGGUUUGAAGAGACACCCCUGAGGCUAUACUGCCAGAGUCCGGUAUUUCUGCCAAGAUCUGACCGACCAGUGCCUACAGCCAGAUACGACAGCGGCAGCGAGCGCCUGACCUUCCUUCUAGAGCCUCUGGAAGCAGGCAGCCGCAAAUUAAUUAAAAGGAGGGGUACUUGCCUUUGGCAGAAGCGCAGGAGCUGAGCUGCGGGAGGCUUUGUUGUGACUUAGCCUGGGCUGGCUCGGCUGUUUGGACGCUGUGACUUCUGCCAGUGGCUUUCCUUCCUCCUCAUCAUUCCUCCUCAUUCCUGUAAGGCAACCUGACUGUUUUCUCUGGAGCGCGUUCUCUGACCCAUCCCCUGCUCAACACAGCCUUUGACAGCCUAGAUUUGUGGUGCUGCCUGUGAUGGAAAACUUACUAGAGUAGCCUGUUGGGCCUGUUCUCAAAAGGAAAAUGCACUUUUAACUUUUUAAGCGUCAGUGGGCAUUUUCUUCAUCAAUACUGCCUCGUGCAUAGAGGAAUUCAGACGUAAAAGCAGGGGUUCUGAAAGGCAAGGGAUCUUCCGCAGUGAGUAACUCUUGCUACGAGCAGCCCAGAGUGAGGGGGAGAGGUAACAAAGCGUCAGUGUAUCUAGACCUUCCCUGAACAAAGCUAUACACCAACAGCUCACUGUAAGUACCACUGCGAGCUCCACAAAGCCCCCACGAGCAGAAGCUGUGAUUUCUUUAGUGAAAUCUUUGUGCUGCUGUGCUUGCUUCCUCUUCCUGUGUGAAGCAAGAAAUAUAAGAAUGCUUGCCUUAAGUGGAAUGCAAUGGUAUUCUUACUUUUUAUUCACUAGUUGCUUGAAAAUGGGAGGUUUAUUUCCUUAUCUUUCAAAUUUUCAUAAUUCUUUAAGUAAGUGUCCAGUUUCAGCUCAAGCCAGCUUGGGAAAUGAGUAGGGUGCAAAGGGUUUUCCCAGAUGUGGUGCCUGCUUGCACUGUCACACUUCCCACCACUCCCUCCCACGUGUGCAGACCUGGGGCGGAGUUGCUUACAGCAAAUCUCUUGUUCCAGCAACUUAAAACCAGAUGACUUAAGAACUGAAGCACUUCCACAGUUUUAAGUACCCGUGCAAAGUACUGUAAAACAAUAAAAAAAAAAGUCCUUUCUACAAGGCGUACGUGUGGGAGGACACAAUCUCCCAUAGCUCUGCUGAUGACUAUUAGUAAAGUUUACUUUCUAAGAGCCUUUUGUUUAAGGACUCUUUCUACUUUAUUAUGAGAGCCGACUCAGUCCUGUGUGUAACUACAAUCUGGUUACCCGAGGAAGAGCACGUGGCCUCAGCAUCGUUGACAUUUCAUUAGCAGCAGUGUGCUCCCAGGGGACUACUGUAUGUACAGGUGGGUAACGUGCAAGUCUGACCUUGAAUUUGAGUUUUAGGCAGUAUUGGAACUUUGUUGCAGUAUAUUUCCACUCCUGCAUUUAUUGGUUCUAUGAACCAUGGAAAGAAAAUAAACUUGUUAACCUCC